UGGUAUUCGGUCUGGACUUGCAUCAACCUGAGGUUAAGCGUGAGGUCGUUCUGAGGCCUCAGAUAGUUUUCGCUUCUGUGGCCUCUGUAGUCAAGAUAUUAGGGUGAAAUCUUCAGGGCACCACCCUGGCAAUGUAAGCCGUGUGGCAGAAUGAAAAUUUUUGACUACUUCAGACAUAAACCUGUUUACAACCCCACAUAAAGAAAUGUAAUAUGGCGAGGAAAGGAAGAAGGAAGUUUUUUGGACGUCGAAAAAAAAAGAGAUCUGCUCAACUUUCUGCAGAAAACGUUGAAAGUCUUGAGCUGAACAAAGAGGGUGAUGCUAACUCAAUGGAAAUCAAAGAACAUCCUGAGAAUGACGAAACUGAUGAGAGCCAGGAAAAAUUCAAGCCGCCUGGUGGAGAGCCAAUGCAAGAGGAUUUUGUGCCAGUUCUCAAUGCAGAUGAAGUGAAAAGUGAAAUUGGAACACUGCCAGAUAAGAAUAAGGUUGUCACUAAGAAGAAGCAAAGAAAUCUGAAGUUAAAAACCUAUACCACUGCUGAUUUGAAUAAGGCAUUGGUCUGCAUUGCCAACAAGGGCUGGAGCUACCGUUUGGCAGCAAAAAAGUUUGGUAUUCCUUACCAAACCUUGUACAAAAGACUGAAGAUGAAACAACCCAGAGGACCAGCCCCUCAAAUGCCUGCUAAAGUCGAAGAAAAGCUCGUGAGAUUUCUUCUUGCUGAUCCCAAAAGGACAGUCGGCGAGGCUUGCGAAGCCACAAAGCACGCGCUGGACCUGCUCGGCAUUAAAACUUCUUUCACUGACAACCAACCAUCAAAGUCCUGGUUCACCCGCUUUGUGAAGAGGCAUCCUGAGGUCAAAUUUGCAUCGACCACUGCCAGAGAAGAGAACGUUGACUGGCUUCUUGAUUUCCCAUUACCCUUGGAGCUGACAAUGAGUACAGGCAGCAAAGCAAAGGAACAGAAAACUAAACCACCAGCAGAUCCUUGGUUCCUGGGCCCGAGUCAACUGUUGCUGAAAGAACGGCAAGAAAAGCUGGAGGAAGACAAGGCGCAGAAUGUGUCCGCGGAACCAAGUGGAUUCCCGAGAGUCAAGGUGCUCAACGUUGGCUACUCCAGGGUGACGGACGAGGCGGCACAGACCAUGCACGCCAACUGCACUGUCACUUUCAUCAAAGGCUGCAAAUUCAACAUCUUGGUGGACACCAUGACCGCCUGGGAUGGAGCAAAGCUGUUGGCAUUGCUCGAAGGGAUCCAGGUUAAACCCGAGGACAUUGACUUUGUCAUUUGCACCCACGGGCACUCUGAUCACACUGGUUGCAACUACCUCUUCACCAACGCCGCUCAUUUUUUGGGUCAAGCUGUGCAACGUGCUGAAAAAUAUGAAACAACGCCCCUUCAAAAUGGGAACGACUAUGUGAUUGAACCAAGUGUGAAGGUUGUGAGCACCCCAGGACACACGAUGGACAGUGUGACUGUCCUGGUCGAGACAGGCCCGGAUGCCUUUGGUCUAGUUGCGGUCACUGGUGACCUAUUCGAGAGAGAAGAAGACAUUGUGUGUCCCGAAUUGUGGCGUGAUGUCGCUGGCAGUGAAAAUCCAAAGCUCCAGGAGCAAAACAGGAGCAAGAUUCUGCAGCAAGCGGACUACAUCAUCCCAGGCCAUGGUCCAAUGUUCAAGAAUAUUUACAAGAAGGACCUUUAGUGAAAAGUGACUGCCAAAAAAUCCUGUAAUAUGAUUUUGUUUUUGGUGAUUGAGAAAAUUAAAUCUGCAGGGCAUUGCUCUGAAUUUAGACAUCAAUCUUUUAUUUCUCAUCGGAUCAGAAUUAAAAUACAAAAGGCCAAAUUCUGGGUUGCGAUUCAAUAACGCACAAAUCCACCCCAAACCAUGAACGGGUAACAGAAGUAUGUACACAGCGUUGAUUACUGCAAUCUGUAUUCAAAUUCAAACAUUAAUAGCUAGGUAUGCACAGAGCGCAGAAAAUGAGAUCUUUCUUUGUUUCAGUAAAUUUGGGGGAAAUACAGUGGCAGAAAAUAGCUAAUUGCAAAGUGCUUUAAUGUUGAUCAGUUGAGGUGUAAAAUCCAAAUCGGUGACUUGCACUUUCAUAUAAUAUGUAUAUUGCAAUGAAAAUUAACUAAUCAAACUAGAUAAAUACAAAACUUUCAAAAUUAUACAACAUUGUGAACUUCCUUAAAUUCAUCACAGAAAUAACACCAUAAAAGUAUGCAUU